CUCUGGCUCUACCUGCCUUCAGGUGUUGGCGUGCGGCCCGAGGUUACCCACGCACAUUUUCGCUGCAUCUGUAGCAUCUGUUUUCUAACACUAAUGGAGCGAGCUACUGUUCGGCUGCUGCGCGGCGGCGCGCUGCUACGAAGAAACUUCCCAAGCUGCCUGUCUUCCUGGAAAACUCCUCCUCAUGCCCUAAAUUCUUCUCAGUCAGAAGCUCAGCUCAAAGCGACAAGCAAUGGACUACCUCUCGCCCCUCUGCAAACAUUUACGGAUGAGGAGAUGAUGAUAAAGAGCACAGUUAAAAAAUUUGCCCAGGAACAAGUUGCUCCUUUUGUUUCAAAAAUGGAUGAAGAUUCAAAAAUGGAAAAAUCCAUAAUACAAGGAUUAUUUCAACAAGGGUUGAUGGGUAUUGAAAUUGACGCAAAAUAUGGAGGAACAGGAGCUUCAUUUUUUUCCUCUGUCCUGGUGAUAGAGGAGUUAGCCAAAGUUGAUGCAUCUGUGGCUCUGGUAUGUGACAUUCAGAACACAUUAAUUAACAGGAUGAUUGGAAAAUAUGGAACUGAAGAACAGAAGGCUACCUAUUUGCCCAAGCUAGCUACUGAAAAGGCAUCAAGUAUCUGCAUUUCAGAGGCUGGAGCAGGUAGCGAUUCAUUUGCUAUGAAGACCAGAGCUGAUAAAAAGGGAGAUUAUUACAUAAUCAACGGGUCAAAGAUGUGGAUUAGCAGCGCUGAGAUUGCUGGGCUGUUCGUGGUGAUGGCAAAUGCAGACUUUUCUGCUGGGUAUAAAGGAAUUACUUGCUUCUUGGUCGAUGGUGAUACCGAGGGCCUUCAUGUAGGGAAACCAGAGAACAAAUUGGGAAUCAGAGCGUCUUCCACCUGCCCAAUCACAUUUGAAAAUGUCAAGGUUCCAAAAACAAAUAUCCUGGGACAAGUUGGGCAUGGCUAUAAAUAUGCCAUCGGGAGUCUUAAUGAAGGCAGAAUAGGAAUCGCUGCACAGAUGCUGGGACUGGCUCAAGGCUGUUUUGACUACACUAUUCCAUAUAUUAAAGAAAGGGAACAAUUUGGCAGAAGGGUAUUUGAUUUUCAGGGGCUCCAACACCAAGUGGCUCACAUGGCCACCCAGCUGGAAGCUGCACGAUUACUCACAUACAAUGCUGCGAGGCUCUUAGAAGCUGGGAGGCCAAUCAUUAAAGAAGCAUCUAUGGCCAAGUACCAUGCAUCAGAGCUUGCAGGCCUCGUUACCAGCAAGUGUAUCGAGUGGAUGGGAGGCGUGGGCUACACCAAAAGUUACCCUGUGGAAAAAUAUUUCCGAGAUGCGAAGAUUGCUUUUAAAGUAUUCAAAAUAGACUCGGCGGCGGCCACAGCGCAGACCCGACUUCACUCGCUCGCGGUUCGCUCUGCGCCCUCUGCAACCGUGUCUGACAAACCCGAUACGGCCGAGAUAGAGAAGUUCGAUGAGUCGAAAUUGAAGAAAACGGAAGCGCAAGGGAAAAAUCCACUGCCUUCCAAAGAAACGAUUGAACAGGAGAAGCAAGCAGGCGAGUCGUAAUGAAGCGUGUGCCACCAGUAUGCACUGUGCAUUCCACAAGCAUUGCCUUCUUAUUUUCAUUCUUUUAGCUGUUUAACUUUGUAAGAUGCAAAGAAGUUGGAUCGAGUUUAAAUGACUGUGCUACCCCUUUUCACAUCAAAGAAUGGAGAACUACUGACAACGAAGGCGGCGCCUGCCUCUCCCAUCUGCCUGUGUGGCUGGCAGGGAAGGAAAAGAACUUGCAUGUUGGUGAAGGAGGAAGCUGGGUGGGACAACAGUGAAAUCUAGAGUAAAAAGCUGGCCCAAGGUGUUCU